CCGGUGACGUCUCCUCACCGCGGCCCCAAUCAUCACAAUUCUCUGCUCUCUUCUUCUCUCUCCGCCUCUCUCUGCGCGGCUCGUUGCCGCCGUCAUCGGUUUCCGUCGCCCGCCUCCUCGCCGCGUCUCACCUCAUCUUGCCACUUCUCGUGCCUCCUUCCCGGCGCCCGAUGUCUGUCGCCGGGGCCCAUUUGUGUUCACUCGUUUCCGCUCGUUUUACACUCUUUUGCCGUCUUUGCCGACGUCCGAAUGGAUCUAUCCCUUUCCUGGUCUGAAUCACACCAGAUCACGUCAUGCCACACCACAUCACUUUCCUUUGUGUCACACCACACCACGCCACAUCAUUUCACAUCACGCCACGCCACACAUCACAUCCCGUCGCAGCACACCACUCACUACUCUGCACUGGCCCCACGCAACCACACACAGCACACUUGGCACACGCAGCUGCUACUAUUCACUUCACAACACCACAUUUUGCCAAAUCCCAUCACACCUCGUCUCACUUCACACUCCACUUCCGCCACCUUCUCUCAAACUCCACACCGGGAAAGUCAACUUGGCCUCACCUCGUCACACCAAACCACACCACAUGGUACCGGACAAGACAGCACAUCAAACGACCUCACCUCACCUCACCUCGCGUCACACCACAUCACACCGCACUGUGUUUGCAACACCUUGCCCAGACUAACUCGAGUUGAGCAUCCUGCUUGA